AGUAUUCACCGUGACCCCGUGUAACAGGCGCGCUUGUGGGAGUGUAAAGACGCGCCGCUUCUGGCUUCUCGCGGUGUUGUGUUAGUCCGAUUGAGUGCGGCGUGCGCGGAGUUGAUUUCUGUACCGAGACCCGCACGAGCUUUACAGGAUGGAAACUACUAAGGUCAAGAUGGAGUCCAAGGAAGCUGCAUCCAAUAUUAUGAAAACCCUUUAUUCCUUCUACCAGUUUGGCUACCUGUGUGACAUCGCUGUGCAAGUUGAGCAGCAGGGGCUACAGGAAGAGUUUAAAGCACAUAAGAUCAUUUUGGCGGCUUGCAGCGAUUUUUUCCGGAAACUUUUAACCAAAGAAGAGAUGUCUGCUUCCAAAACACCCAUCGUUACUUUGCAGGACAUUCAUACUGAAGACCUCUCCAUGUUUCUUGAGUUUGCAUAUACAGCAAAAGUACAUGUGGAGCCUGAAAAGGUGAAGCGCUUAACGGAAAUAGCGGAGAAGCUGGACUGUAGAGAUCUAUUGAACGUUUGCAAGGCUAGUUCAUCAGAAACAAGUGCAGCAUCUCCACAAAUGACCGUGGAUGAGAGCAGCAGCAAUAGCACUGAAUACUCGGACAGGUCCCAAAUAACACCAAUACAUUGUGAUGGCACUCUGGAAAGUGAAAGGUCCGUCAGGGAGAAAAACAAUGCGGCUAGCACUCCAGUUCAGCAAGAACAGACAUUGUUACAGCAGGGGCAGGAGACGGUUAAUGUGUUUGGUGACAUGCGUGAUAUUCCCCAAAAUAAAGACAGUUUGACAGACUUUAUAGAUUUGGGGAAAACGUUCAUCCUUGUUCAGAGACUGAAUCCUGAGUUGAGGAAAAAAGGUGACGAGGAUGGUAGUAAAAUUAAAGAAUCUCUUAGAAAAAAACAAAAUUGCCCACAGGUAAUUUACACAUGUAAUAGGUGCAGCAAGAAUCUUUAUACCAUAAGGACAUAUCGGGCACACAUGAUCAAAGAGCACGACAUUAACGUGCUUGUCAAACACGGCUGUGAUAUGUGCAGCCAGCUCUUCUCCACUCACAAAAACCUGCAGCAACACAGGUUUGGAGUCCACAGUGACGAAAGACGUUUUACUUGCAUAAUCUGUGAUAAAACGUUUAAACGGCAAAAGGACAUCAGGGUCCAUGUUAAACGGGUACACGAAAAGAAGUCGUCCCCUCAGUGCUGUCCCUACUGCAACAAGAGCAUAAGUUCAAAAGGCGGUCUCACUGUUCACAUCCGAGUACAUACAGGAGAAAAGCCUUACCAGUGUUCGGAUUGCUCGGCUAGGUUUGCACAGAAGUCUUCCUUCAACAGCCAUGUGAGAAAAAUACAUCAUUCUGGAAAAGAUAAAAUGGCAAAGCCUGUAUACUGGAAGCUGGCUAUUCCAAAUGAAGAAUCUAUUCAAAUGAAUGAUGAUGCAGGAGGGGGUGUUAAUUCCUCAAAACACACAGAUGCCGAAAUGUUAAAUGUGAAUAUCUACAGUAGUGAUAAACAGAACAGUGUUCUUUUUGAAAACCUAACAAGUACCUCCGAGGAGAAGGGCCCAGAUUCACUCAAGAAUUCAAAGAUGGAAAGUGAGCCAGAGACCUUUCUUGGUAUACUGGAGAAACAAGUAAGGAUAGAACAGUUAGAAAAGGAAAGAGAGGAGGCCAGUGAAAAAAAGUCAAAUCUGAAGAACGGCUUGGAGUGGACUGAAACGCAGCGAGCGGAGAAUAACAGUCAGGACAACCAACAUAGCAAACAGGAUGACUUGGGAAGUGCAUCUGAUGAAGACGCUGGAAAUAGCAGCGACUCGGAUACAGAUUCUGUAAAUGUUGAAAAAAAUAAAAGUGUUGCAUCGGAGUGCUUUAGUUCGAAGAAUGAUACCAACGUAAUUACUUGUGACAAAUGUGAAGGACAAUUCUCUUCCCGAAAGAAAUUUGUCUCUCACUACAAAGAGACCCACCAGUCUGUACCAGAAAUCGUGUAUAAAUGUGACACCUGUGGUAAAACGUUUGCAAGCUGCAGCACGUGGAAGGAACAUCAAGCUUGUGUCCACACAGACGACCGGCAGUUUGCUUGCAUACUCUGCAGUGCAACCUUUAAACGCAAACGAGAUGCUCAUUCUCACUACCUUCGCAAGCAUGAGGGCCAAGUCAAGAGACCACUGUGCUCUGUAUGUGGUAAGAUUUUAAGUUCCAGGACUGCACUGGUGUUUCAUAUGAGGACCCACACGGGAGAAAAGCCGUACAAAUGCCCUGUAUGCGAUGGCAGGUUUGCUCAGCCAUCUCAGCUCAAGAUUCACAUAAGGUCCCACACUGGUGAGAAGCCAUAUAUCUGUGAAGUGUGUGGUGCAUGCUUUUCUAACAAAAGCAAACUGGACAGCCAUAGAAGAACGCAUACAGGUGAACGGCCAUACAGGUGCGACUUUUGUGAAAAGAGAUUUGCAACCAAGGAAUACCUGAAGUGUCAUAAACGAUGCCAUAUGGGAGCAAAACCAUAUAAAUGCAAAGUGUGUGGAAAAGCCUUUGGCCUGCGGGCCUCUCUAGCGCAGCACAAUAAGAUGCAUACUGAUACACGGCCAUAUUUUUGUGAAUUGUGUGGAAAGGCUUUCAGUCAACAAGGAGCCCUGAAGCGACACCAGAGGAUACACACUGGAGAAAAGCCCUACAAAUGUAAAGCCUGUGACCGGAUGUUUACUGACAAGUCCAUUUUAAGAAGACAUGUUGCGAUUCAUGACAGGAAGGCACAUUGGAGGACUUACCUAAUUGAUCUUACCACAAAGAAAGACCACAACUGGUCCAAAAUUGAGACAUUAACAGAUGGAUGCCUUGCGGGUCCUGUGAAUGAUGACUUUACAGACAUAUUAGAACAAGCUCAUGAAGAACGAGAGAAGACCAGAAGGAAAAAGACACAUCAGUCUACAAACUCUACCUCUUGUCGGGAAACAAGCGUCGCAUCGGCGGGCAGAGAUUCUGAUGGGCUACCAUUUUACCGGGCUUACGGGAAUAUGAGCACCUCUGUCGUUCAUCUGACGUCAGACUGCUUUCCCUCCAAUGUACUCCAUGAAAUGCACCGACUGAGAUGCCUGGAGCAGCUGUGUGAUGUGACAAUUCGGGUUGAGCACCAAGGUGUUCUUGAAGAGUUCAAAGCCCAUAAGAUACUCUUGGCGGCAUCUAGCAAGUACUUUCAAGAACUUUUUCUGUGUGAAAAGGCUGAAAAUGGCUCUGCGGCCCCCAUUGUAUUACAGGAGAUGCCCACUGCAGAUAUCGAGUGUUUUCUAAACUUUAUUUAUACAGCUACUGUGAAUGUUUCAGAGGACAGAAUUGAGCGUAUGUUACAAGUGGCCACAACGCUGGGUAGCCCUGAUUUGCUGGAGGCCUGUAAACAAGUAGAUAAGAGGGCAGAGAGGACGGCGUCUCCAGAAUCGUUUGACUCAUGCAAGUCCGAACUGGAGAGAAGCCAACAGGAUCUUCACUUUCAAGCUACAGAGGACAUGCAAGGUGGCCAAGUUGAGUCCAUUGGUCCAUCAGAUGGACAUGGCAAGAGUGACAACUUGGAUAAGAAAGCAAAGCAAAUGGAGAAAGGAGAACAAAGGAAAGAAAGUAGCAGAUUAAUUCAAGGAAAGAUGAGACGAUCUAGCACUAGGCUGGCUGGACGGAAAGUCUUUGUAGAUAUUCCAAAAAAGAAGUACAUCCGAAAACUUAGGGAGCAAUUUAAUUCAGCCGCACAAUUAUCAGAGCAGAAUUCAUCAGUGAAUACAAUUCUGCUCCCAAAGGUAGAAGAAGGAGAAAAACCACACUCUGAGGAGAGAAUUCAGGAAGUGGGAUCUGAGCAAGAACUGCUUGGGAGUGAUCAUGCAGCUGCUGAGGUUGGACGGGAUGUUGUCGAAGAGUUCUUUGAUGUUGAAUUUGAUAUGGACGACGACCCAGCAAAGGAUUUGGAAAACGCUGACCGAAAGAAGAAGGGUGGAGCAUUCCGUUGUGAUGCCUGUCAGCGGGAUUUUCAAUAUGAGAAAAGCUACCUGAAGCACAUUCAGCAUAGUCAUGGCAUCAUGCCAGAAAUCAUUUAUCGCUGUGACACCUGCAACCAGACCUUUGCGAAUCGCUGCAAUCUCAAAAGCCAUGAGAGACACGUCCAUAGCAAUGAGCGACUCUUCCCCUGUGAGAUCUGCGGCAAGAAAUUCAAGCGCAGAAAAGAUGUGAAGAGGCACGUGCUGCAGGUUCAUGAGGGAGGCAGCGAGCGACACAUAUGUCCCGUAUGUGGAAAGGGACUCAGCUCGAAAACUGCUCUCAAGCUUCAUGAAAGGACUCACACUGGAGACAAGCCCUAUGAAUGUACUGAUUGUGAAGCCAAGUUCACCCAACCUUCUGCUCUUAAGACACAUCAGAGAAUCCACACUGGGGAAAAACCUUUUGUCUGCAGUGAAUGCGGUGCAAAGUUCACACAGAACCAUAUGCUGAUUUAUCAUAAACGAUGUCACACAGGGGAGAAGCCCUUUAUGUGCGAGAACUGUGGAAAGAGCUUCGCAUCCAAGGAGUACUUAAAACACCAUAGCCGAAUUCACACGGGAUCUAAACCCUUUAAAUGUGACAUCUGCUCCAGAAUGUUUGCCCAGCGGAAUUCUCUUCACCAACAUAUUAAAGUGCACACAGGUGAGCGGCCAUACUGCUGUGAUCAGUGCGGUAAGCAGUUCACUCAGCUGAAUGCGCUGCAACGACAUCAUCGGAUCCACACCGGAGAAAAACCUUACAUGUGCAGACUGUGCCUCCGCACCUUCACUGACAAAUCCACACUGAGAAGGCACACACUGAUUCAUGAUAAGGAAACCCCAUGGAAGUCGUUCUUGGUCAUUUUGGAUGGAGCUUGUAAAAAAGAACCCAAGACACGAAUGAAGCAAGGAGACGAGCCAAAUUUAUUGAAAAUUCCAGAAGAAGAAAGAACCACUACACAAAACGAGGCCGAGCAGAACUCCGAUCCCCAAGGAGAAUGUAAGACAGGAUCACAGAACGGACAGGACUGGGGCCUCGGCGGACAGACUGCAAUUACUUUAGUAAACCCCAGUUCCUCUCUCGCUCCCGCACUGAGCACUUUUGCUGUGAUUCACCCCGAAACUUCUCAUCAACACCUUCAGGCUGUGGUAAACAUGCAGCAUCUCGGAGAGCAUGGAGCUCAUCUAGUGACCGUUAACAAUCAAGUGAGCAUCACCGUCCCAGUGUGCAUUUCCCUGACCUCUCAGAUUAAUAACAUUCUCACACAGACCUCUGCAGGUGGGCAGAGUGCGUGCAGCGUGGCAGUAGCCAUUCCACAGGAUGACCCACAAGUGUCCAUUGUGGAUGGUGGGUCUCAGAAUGUUGAAAAUACCGCAGAAGGUAUUGGUUGCCUUCCACCUGAAGGCGUGUAGAAUGGGUUUUCAAAUAGAAAACAAUCCAGUGGUCCAAGCCCACUUGUUCCUGUGUUAAUUUCCAUGUAUUUUAUGAGAUGUGGGUCUUGAUGCCUGCUCUCCCCCAGCAAUUUUCUUCUUGUUUAAAGUUCGAGAGACAAGAACUCUUGGAAUUCCCACUUUCUUUUUUGAAUGCUAAUGUGAGUCUUAAAAAGGCCGACCCAUGCUGUGUCAUCCGUUUUCUUGACUGGGAACCCCAUAGGUUAUUUUUUUUUUUUGGACAAACUAACUGGAAAAUGUGAAUCACAGGGAAGUAUGUUUAUCUCAAAGAAACAAACAAACUUGACCCAGAGAUUUCCCCACCGUUGUGGAAUGAAGGUUAUGUUGAAUUUCUAAAUCGAGCUUCGCUGCCUUUGCCAGAAUUUUCUCAAGAAUGAACAUGUGUGCAAUUUACCUACGAUAUUCCGAAUGGAAUGCAACCUGCUUUUUCAUACACAGGAUGGCAAUGUGAUGUCUAUGCGCCCCCUACUGGAGACGGACAUGUUUAAUCCUGACCUCCAGAUAGCAUUAAACACGUCAACCCAGUUUCACUUAAAAUGCACUACUACAGAUUAGCUUGAUAUAAAUUAUUUUUCCAAGGUAAAUUUAUUAAAAAGAUGGACACGAAGCAGAGUGAUGUGUACCGUACCGCAGCUGUGCACCAGGAUUGUAAUUAUUCAUUAUUUUAUAUAAGAUUUGUUUUUUGUUUGCUUUGACAAUUGCGAUCAUGGGGAUGCUCGCACAGGUAUGCUGCGUUUUUGUUUUUGUCCCUCAUCUACAAUCAUCCGUAAAUGUAUUUUUAUUGCAUUGCAGUGGUCUAUCAUAAACAAAUCAUUUUUGUUAAAGCGAAGGUACACUUUAAAUAAAAAAAAAAGUUUCAGUCAAAUUCGACUGGAAAUCUUUUCACAAA